GGUUGAAAGAAAAACAUGUACAAUUUUUUUAUAACGAUUAUUGUGGGGGAUGUGAGCCAACUUGAUUCCUUUGAGCUUCUCUCACAUAUUGCUGUCAAAUGCCAAUACUUUUGGUAUAAUCACAUCGUUCUUCAUCAAUAAACAAUAUUGUAAAAAUAAAAGCUUGUCAAUCGACAGUUUGUCACAAACGUCUACGAACUAAAAAGCACUCGCAAAUUUCUAUUACAAGGCACAAACGCAUUCCCUAUUAUAGAUAAAUACCCGCUCUUAAUGAUACCAGUGAGUAAUCCACAUUGCACUACAUUGCAACAACUAUAUCUAUACUAUACCAUAUAUACAUUAUGAAACGUUCCUAUAUUAAACUAUUUACAGUGUUCACACUACUGGCGCUGUGUUUCGCUGGUCCGUCAUUAGCACAGAGCGCACAGGACAAAGGGGAUUCUCAUGGAGAUAGAUAUGACACGCCUGUAAUCGGCAUUGAUCUCGGUACUACCUAUUCAUGCGUUGCUAUCUACGAUAACGGUAGGGUAGACAUAAUACCCAACGAUCAAGGCAACAGGAUAACACCUUCGUAUGUGGGGUUUACGGCCGAGGGAGAGCGAUUAAUAGGAGAUGCUGCUAAGAAUCAGCUGACCUCGAAUCCGAAAAAUACUGUAUUCGAUGCAAAGCGGUUGCUCGGACGUGACUGGGAUGAUGCAACUGUCCAACAUGAUCGCAAGUACUUUCCCUUCGAUCUAGUUGAAUCUGGAAACAAGCCAAGGAUUAAGGUGGACACAGCUAUCGGUGAGAGAAUACUGUCACCCGAGGAAAUCUCAGCUAUGGUUCUCGGACGCAUGAAAGAAACUGCAGAGACAUAUUUGGGCAAAGAGGUUAAACACGCCGUUAUCACAGUACCUGCUUAUUUCAAUGAUGCACAGAAGCAAGCUACUAAAGACGCCGGUGCCAUCGCUGGACUGAAUGUGGUGCGUAUUAUCAAUGAGCCCACGGCCGCUGCUAUUGCAUACGGUUUGAAUGAUCAGGAAGGAGAAAAGAAUAUUUUGGUCUUCGAUCUUGGCGGCGGCACAUUCGAUGUUUCGGUCUUGACAAUGGACCAGGGUGUGUUCGAAGUACUAGCUACUAGCGGUGAUACGCAUCUGGGUGGCGAAGAUUUCGAUCAACGUGUGAUAAAACACUUUAUGGAUAUCUACCAGAAGAAGACCGGAACAGACAUGUCUGGUGAUGAUCGCGCUGUGCAAAAACUUCGUCGUGAAGUCGAGAAGGCGAAGCGUGUUCUUUCUUCACAACACCAGGCUAAAUUAGAGAUCGAGUCACUACACAAAGGUAAUGACUUCUCAGAGACUCUUACCAGAGCCAAAUUCGAAGAGCUCAAUCAAGAUUUGUUCAAACAAACCCUGAUACCCGUAAGAAGGGUAUUGAAGGACUCCGGUCUUGAUAAGUCUGACAUUGAUGAAAUUGUGCUCGUGGGCGGGUCUACUCGUAUUCCCAAGGUGCAAGAGUUGAUCAAGAACAUGUUCAAUGGCAAGGAGCCCAACCGUGGCAUCAAUCCUGACGAAGCCGUUGCCUACGGAGCCGCCGUACAAGCCGGAAUCAUGAGUGGCAAAAGCGGGUUGAAUGCAAUUCUGCUCGACGUCAACCCCC